GUUUACUAUUCUAUAAGUAUCCAGAUUUGUCUACUGGUAAGAGUGUAUAGUAUGGCUGAACGAAUUGAACAAGCAACGCCCGAAACUUACCGCGGUGACAACCAUUUGGUGUUAAACGAUGGUAUGAGCGAUCGCUCAUUUAUCGAAGCUACCAUGAACUGUGAUCGUCUUGUGAAUCGUUUGGAAUCGAUGAAUUUCUUACGGGAUGUCGCUUUAAAACUGGGCGCAGAAAAUACUCGUAAACACUUAGUACCAUACCUUACUCAUCUUAUUAUUGCUGAAAAAUUGUCGGAACUGAAGGAUUUAGCAGAAGUUCUUGGUGAAUUUGAAUAUUUUGUGGGAGGACCAAAAUAUGCUCACAUUUUGCUGCUACCCUUAGAAGAAUUGGCUGGUGCUAAACUUGGUGGUGUAAGAAUGGCAGCCAUCAAAUCAUUGCAAACAUUGGCUGAUAUAAUGGAAGUAAUCGAUUUGGAAAACUAUUUUAUACCUUUUAUUGCUAGUUUGACGAUGAAUGAUAAAUAUACUAAACGUUGUUCUGUUAGUCAUCUUUUCACUACGGUGUAUAUGCGUGUCAGUCCAAAACAUCAAAGUGACUUAAUGGACUAUUAUUGUUUCUUAAGUUUGGACGCGUUACCUUCUGUUCGUCAAAAUGCAGCAAAUAAUUUGGUUGAUUUCAGCGAAGUUGUUCAUAUGUCAAUUUUUGACAGUAAAUUAACUCCACGUUUAGAACAAUUUAGUUUUGACCAAAAUGAGCAUGUUAGAAUUUUGGCUUUAUCAAUAGCAAUAACAAUUUCAAAAAAAUUUGAUGUCUCUUACACUCAACAGAUAAUCCUUCCUAUUGUAUUGAAUUCAAUAAAUGACCCUUCAUGUGAAGUACGCUCAAUUCUCAUCAAGAAUAUUGCAAAGAAUUUGAUAGUACUGCCAGAAGAUCGAUUAAUAUGUUGUUUGAAAGCACUUAUUAUAAAUGAUUCGUGGAAAAUGCGAAACACUGGUGCAAUUUAUUUAUAUAUAUUGGCAAUCCAAAAGGGUCUCAAAUUUUUUGAAGACUAUUUAGAACAGUCGUUUUUAAUACUGUUAACUGACACAAAAUCAUCUGUUCAGAAAACCGCAUUGGAUAUAUUUAAACUAUUAGUUACAGAAUUUGGAAUGGAUUGGGCUCAAAAAUAUAUAGUGCCAUACCUAACAAAACUAUCUUACUCGAGAAAUACUUAUACCAAGAUGGCAUUUUUAUCAUUUGCUAAAGUAUGUGCAACAAUAAUGUGUAUACAAUUUAGAGCAUUGAACAUUAAUAUGAGAGAGAAUGCAGUGGAAUAA